GAUUAAUUUUCGUUUUAAAUCACAAGUUUAUUACAUACUUUUCACAUGAAUUCGUCACCAAUUGUUGCUAUUUCACAAUGAAAAAGAUACUGGGUUCGACUAACAGAGUCAAGAUCAAUUGUGAAAUUCAGGUACAUCCAGUUAACGAGUUCCCAAAUAUGAUGAAACUUGAGUCAUAGAUUCCACUUCUAAAGUUCAAACAGAUGAAGAAAUUAUUGAAAAUCAAUUGGUGAAUUUAAUCAAUUUGAUAUGUUCUAAUCAACGUUGGUUAAACAAGAAAAAAAAAGUGAAUACCGUACGUAGUCUGCUGAAAAAAUACUGUUUUACCUCAAUGUUCAACAGAUUAUCGUCAUUACUAAUAAAAACAUUAAGAACUUUAAUAUUGCAAUCAUUCACCUUGUUAACAUCAUCAGCAUCAUCAUCAUCCUCAUCAUUAUCUAUAUCAAACGAGUUGCUUAUUAUUGGUGCUGGUCAAAUGAGAACUGGUACAACUAGUUUAAAAUUUGCACUUCAAUUAUUAUUUAAUCAACCAUGUUAUCAUAUGUAUGAUGUAAUUUAUAAAUAUCAAGAAUCACAUAUUAAAAAAUGGAUUAAUAUAUUUAAUAUGCAUCAGAAAUGUGUUAAUAUUGAUAAAGCUAAUUGGAAUGAUAUAUUCAAUGAGUGUAAAUUUGCUGUGGAUUAUCCAACAUGUGUAUUUUAUAAAGAAUUAAUGAAUAUUUAUCCAAAUGCCAAGGUAAUUUUAACAAUUCGAGAUGCUGAUUCAUGGAUUUCAAGUUGUCGAGCAACAACUGCUUCUGAUAUGGUUAUGACUAAACAUGUCACAUUUACUGAAAAUAUUAUUUAUCGUUUACGUGGAUUGAAAAGUUUACCAAUAUUACAUGAUAAAAUGUACACUAAGGCAUUUGGUUCAAAUUAUGAUCAAAUGACAGAUGAUGAAUUGAAAAAUGCUUUUAUUAAAUGGAAUCAAGAGAUUAUCAAUUAUGUUCCAAAAGAUCGUUUAUUAAUUUUCGAUCCAAAUGAUGGAUGGAAACCUUUAUGUGAAUUUUUAAAUAUUCCUAUUCCUGAAAAUAUUCCAUUUCCUCAUUUGAAUAAACGAAUAGAUUUAAGGAAUAGUUUAUUAAAAUAUCGAUUUUUAGCACAAUUUUUAAAUUUUUCAUUCAUUAUUUCAUUUUUAUGGUUUAUUCAUUAUAUGAUUACAUCUUAAACUAUAUGGGUAUAAACUGAUAAACAAUUUGUCUACUUAUUUCUAAAUAAGUAGUUUCGUAAAAUGUAGUCAUUUUUUAAUUUAUAUUAUUUGAAAGUAGUAUUCUAAUUUAAUUUUUAUUUUAUUUUUUUUUAAAAAUUCAAUGUUUAUCCAAUAAAAGACCUCUUUAUUCACUUUCACUGGUAAUUAUAUUUAACUUUUAUGUAUGAUGAUUUAGCAGUUAUUUAACCAAACAUCUCCAUUAUUCUAAGGCUCAGAUGCACAUGUGUUACUGACUAUGAUAAUAGUUUGAGAGUGAUAUAUUUUACUGCUGGUAACGGUUUUUGACCAAUGAAGUUUAGAUAUUUUAAAAGUGCAAUCAAUAAAUGUUUAUGUGUCAUAUUACAAAUAGGUUGAGUUUGAAAACAAUGUGUACAACUAAAUGUGAAAUACUUUGUCUGGCGGUAAAGCUCUUUACUCGAUACUUAAAAAUCUUAGAUACAAUUUCUAGCAAGAUCAUUGGGUGCGAAAUGCUAGAUAGUUCUCCUACUAGAACUGAAUAAUUUCAAAGUUCUUCAUAGUUUUUAAUAGUACCUAAAUAAAGUCCCUUUGUAAUGAUUAUCACUUUCGAAUUAAAUCAAUCUGUGCAAAGUCUUUUUGAUCACUUAAUCAUAAGAUAUAAUGUAGAAUGAUUGUUAACACAGGUAUAUACAUAAGCUUAGUAAUGAAUAUUUUUGCUUCAUCACUUAUUUUAGAAUAAAUCAACCAAACAAAAGAUCAUAUUAACAACAGCUUGAUUUCCUGGCCCUAAUGUUAUA